UUCCUCCGCUAUUCCAUUUCUUACCCUGUAUUCUUUCCUUUAACAAUCAAGAUGGGUAAUUGUUUUACCAACCAUAAGAACAAUAAAUCUCUUACUGAAAUUGCUCCAGCUGAUCAAUUUACUACUCUAAAACCCAUGAUUCCUCCUGUCGUUUAUCUUCAUGGAGACCCAACCAACAUUUUCACUAACUACCUCCGUUUCCUUCUUCGCUACAAAUCACUCUCACUCCAUUUCAUUCCCCGACCCGAAACUCCCGAAUUCACCAUCCGUUUCGAUACCGAAUACCCUGUUUCGGGUCCUUUCCAAACAAUUUUGGGGUACGUGGAAUCCAAACUCCCAUUUCCUGCUUUGUUGAAGAGAGAGAAAGCAGAGUGUGUUUGGGGAGAAGACAAACCGAAGGCGCCUUGGGUAGUGAUAGUGAGGAUGGCGGCGCUUCAGCACCAGAGUAUGAGGUUGCAUCUGGAGAGGGUUGCUAAAUGGGGGAUAGAUCUUGCGACACAUGGCGGAUUAGGGGUUAUUGAUCCAACGUUGGGAACACUAAAAAUGGAGGUGGGUAAAUUGGGGAAGAGUUAUGGAAAGUUGUUGGAGAUAUUGUUAGAGCAUGCUCAAAUGGAGGAGCGCAUUCUUUUUCCUCUAUUACAAGCUUCUGAUCCAGGGGUGUGUAGGUGUGUGACUGAGGAACAUGCAAGGGACCUACCCAUAAUGAAUGGGAUCAAAGAAGAUAUAAAAUCAGUGGGUGUUCUCAAACCUGGUACUUCUACCUAUCAAGAGGCCUUGUACAGCCUUUCUGCUCGACUCAAAGCAUUACAAGAAAACUGCAGCCAACAUUUUGAUGAAGAGGAGACAAAUCUUUUUUCUUUGAUGGAGGCAGCUGAAUUGGAUGAGCAGCAGCAGAGAAAAAUUUUCGAACAGUAUAUUAAUGUGAUGCAAGGGACUCAUUCUCAUCUAAUCCGCUUUUUUAUUGAAGGGUUACUUCCUCAUGAAGCAAUGGAGUAUGUGGAUUUGGUCAUGAUCUGCAUGGAUCAGGAAACAAUGGCUUCCAUUCUGUGUAUGCUUGUUGAGUAAGUUUGAGCUGCAGCCAGCAGUACCUUUCAAUAAUGCCCUGAUGCUUGCUAGCAUAUGAAGUACGAAGUAAUCAUGCGUUUUUUAUGCUACUUAAUACUCCCUCCGUCCUUUUGAGAUUGCUAGGCAUGUCGUGUCAGUAGCAAUCUAAAAGGGAUAAAGAGUUAUUUCUUUUGCAGAUAGAAGAGUAUACAAAUGUUUUGGAAGAUUUGAAUCUGUAUAGUUUGUGUUGGGUUUCUCAGGUAAAGCUUGGGGUGGGAUAACCUUGAAAUGAUGUUUACAGCAUUGUGACUGUAACUCCUAAUUGUGACUGUGAGUGGAAAGCUAAGCUGUGCUAUUCCUGUUUAGUCUGUAUCAAAUGAAGAAUAUUUUCCAAGCUCAGCCAAUUAGCCUGUGCUAUGAUGAAACUUUACCUCAAUUCUGUAUUUCAAAAUUGUACAGAAAGUUG